CAACGAUGAGAGAUAUCCGCUGCCCGACGCACAAAGGUGUGAAGGUGUCCAUCCGGAAGAAUUCCUACCUUGAAAAGUCCAGGCUAAAGCUACGUGAUUUCCUCACAUUAACAUUUUCAUGGAGUCUCAACAUAGCGAUUCCAGCAGCAACAGCACUGACCGGUUUGUCCAAAAGCACCGUGAUCCAGUGGUAUUACUAUAUCCGCGAUAUUACGAGCAACCACCUUCACAAGAACCCAUACCAAAUUGGUGGAGUCGGGCACAUCGUUGAAAUUGGUGAAUGGAAAUAUAACAGAGGUGGGAUGCCACAAGGGAGGUUUGUUUUCGGAGGAUGGGAUAGAGAAGACAAGAAUGGUUUUCUAGCCGUCGUACCUGACCAUUCCUCCGAAAGUCUGCUACCCGUCAUCGAGAAAUUUAUAAGACCAGGCACUACGGUUUAUUCGGAUAGUUGGGGUGCUUACAAUGGGAUUGCUGAAAUGGAUGUGACACCCAAAUACAUCCAUUUCACAGUCAACCAUUCCAAGAAUUUCGUUGAUCCAGUGACACACGUACACACGAAUUCUGUGGCGUGUUACUGGAAGAAUGCGAAAAGGCGCUUUAAGACGAUGAUGGGGGCACACUCCAACAUGAUGGAGCUGUAUCUGGACGAAUUCCUUUGGAAGAACCGAUAUGGGAAGUGUGGGAAAGAGUGUUUUGAGAAUAUUCUCAAACACCUUUCCGAAUGGUACACAUUCGAAGAAGCGUGAUGAACAAAUAAUAUCAGAUGACAUUGGCAUAACCAAAGAUACAUUCUCAUUAUUUAUCAUCUUUUAAAGACCAGAAUGAAAAUAUUUUACUGAACAGAUAUAUAAGAUUGUUUCUAUAAAUCUGUGGUGGAAUUCCUCUGAUAUAUUUACUCUGAAUUGUGUUAUUAGCAAAUCUUCUGGACAUCACUGGCUGGAGUGUCUACAAGAUGAGCCUGUUUGCAAAUUAUACUGGGAAAAAAUUUACCAAAGAGUUUGGUGACAAGGAUAACACUGGACAGCAAUACAGCAGUUGAAAUAUUUGGAAACAAAAGACUACUGAAGCAAGAAGUAGAAUAAAAAUAAUGGAAAAGAGUGAGAAAAUAAAGGAACUGAUUUUUCCUGAAGAUAAAGAAAAAGGGACACAAAAAUUGUCGCAUAAGUGUGAUGUGUGUAAAAAGUAUUUCUCUCAAAAGAGCAGCUUGAAUGCGCACAAACGUAUUCAUAGAGGAGAGAAGCCCCAUCACUGUGACAUUUGUGGUAACUCAUUCCGUCGAAAUUAUACCUUGACUGUACACAAACGUAAUCAUAGAGGAGAGAAGCCUUAUCAUUGUGACAUCUGUGGUAAAUCAUUCUCUCGAAAUUAUAACUUGACUAUUCACAAACGUAUUCAUACAGGGGAGAAGCCUUUUCACUGUGAUGUCUGUGGUAAAUCAUUCUCUCGCAGUGGCAUCUUAGUUUCUCACAAGCGUUUCCAUACGGGGGAGAAGCCAUUUCGCUGUGACAUCUGUGGUAAAUCAUUCUUUCGGGAAAGUAGCUUGACCACACACAAAUAUAUUCAUACAGGAGAGAAGCCAUAUCCCUGUGAUGUCUGUGGUAUACCAUUCUCUGGUCGAAGGGCUUCGUAUUCUCACAUAUGUGUUCAUACAAAGGAAAAACGAUUUCGCUGUGGCAUCUGUGAUAAAUCAUUCUUCGAAAAAGGUAACUUGAAUACACACAAACGUAUUCAUACAGGAGAGAGGCCAUAUCACUGUGAUAUCUGUGGUAUGUCAUUCUCUGUCCAAAGUAUUUUAAAAUCUCACAAACGUGUUCAUACAGGAGAGAAGCCUUUUCACUGUGAUGUCUGUAGUAAAUCAUUCUCUCAGAGGAGUGCUUUAACUACCCACGUACGUGUUCAUACAGGAGAGAAACCAUAUUGCUGUGACAUUUGUAACAAAUCUUUCUCAUUCAAAAAUAGCGUGAUUAAUCACAAACGCAUUCAUUCAGGAGAAACACCAUAUCACUGUGACUUUUGUGACAAAUCAUUCUCUCAAAAGGGUGUCUUAACUGGACACAAACGUAUUCAUACAGGAGAGAAGCCCUAUCGCUGUGAUAUCUGUGGCAAAUUGUUCUCCAGAACUAGUUCUUUGACUACACACAAACGUAUUCAUACUGGAGAGAAGCCAUAUUCUUGUGAUAUCUGUGGUAAAUCAUUCACUCAACGUGGCAACUUAACUUCUCACAAACGUGUUCAUCAGGGGAAGAAGCAAUCCCACUGAUAUUUGCGCUAAAUCAUAAUCUGUAAGGGGUGACUGAGCCCUUUACCAUGCAGAUUAUUCUGUCGAAUGUGAGGGUUAUUUAUUCACAUAAUUUUCAAUUUGUCAUGCAUUCACCCACAGCUUUCAAGUUUUGAUGAUUGUAGGGUAGGUAUGAGAGGCUGUGUCUAACUUGUUUGAACUAAAAUUGGUAGAAUGUUUAAGCCAGAUACGGCAAGUUUAAAUGCUGAAGGGUUAACACUAGAAGUACCAAGAUUUCUUAUUACUUACAAGAACCAUAGUGAUCAUUUUUGACUGUCAUUGAAAAUCUUAUUUAAUAGAAUUUUUUUAAAUAUAAACAAAUGCAGUGAAUAAAGGAUUUGAAAAUGCAUUCUUUUAGCAUUCAUUUACAUGCAAAAAAUAUAUACCUAUAUAUAUGUGGAGGCGCAAUGGCCCGGUGGUAUGGGCAGCAGACUCGUGGUUUUGAUUCCCAGACCGAGUGUUG